ACGCCACACACGACGCCACGGUGACACUUGCAUACAUUUGCAAACAUUACUAGCAAGGCGUCGGUGUACAAUAGCGGGUGAUUCGAGAUCAGUUUAUGUCCGCGAUUAAUGUGCGUUUCUUUUAAAAAUUCUUUCAGCUUGUCAAUUUCAAGAAUUCGUAUGCAAAUGUCGGGAUACAAACAAGGUAAUUAAAGGACAAAGCAGCUUGCGGAGCGAGUUUGCAGACAACCCUGUACAAGCAACCUCCUUGGUAAAGACAACUCUGUACAAGCAACCUCCUUGGUAUAAGGACGUUAUAUAACGUCCUUGGUAGUAUAAAGACGAACACUGUGGUCUGAUUUCUAGUUUUGGAUUCGACGCGACGACAGAUGACACGAUGGCAACAGGGUCGAAGGGGAAGAGGAAGUGUUUGACGCUAAGUCAGAGAAUCGAGGUCAUCAGAGAGCACGAGAAGGGCGGCAGACGGUCGCGGAGUCUGGCGAAGGACUUCGGUGUGGGGAAGACUCAGAUUGCGAACAUCAUCAAGAGAAAGAGAGAACACCUAGACGACUACGCCAACAAUGUACCAGGAAACCAGAAGAGAAGGCGCUACCCGGGGUUUCAGGGAAUCAACGACUUGUGUUGGGAAUUCUACUGUGACACCACAUCGCGCGAUAAGCCAUGUAAUGGACCGAUACUACAAGAAGCAGGGUUGAACUUCGCCAAGGACCUGGGUGUGACUGGUUUUAAGGCGUCAAACGGGUGGUUGGAGAGCUUCAAAAAGCGCCACAGUAUCAUCACAUUCGGUAAGUCGAGUGGCAAUAGUCGGGUAAACAGGGCGGUGGUCCGGAGACGAGGGCUAAUGGCUCCCUGUUCAACAGAUGAGCAUGUACCCAUGGACCUUUCAAACGUGAUGAACAGUUGUAAAAAUGAGAAUUCAGGGAGUCAAGAGAUCAGUGCAAGUACGGAGCCGAUAGGCAGCUUUCACCCGGAUGAUGUGUUGAUGGGAAAUCGUGAGCAGAAAGGGAGACAUAUGACAAGUGGACACGCACCUCCGUCAGACAUUUCUGACGUUACCGCAUCAGUAGCUUCAAGAACCCUGAAGCGACCGACAAACACUCGGCUAGCUACUAGUAAUCAGGGAGAGGAGGGUGACAUACAGUCUGUAGCACUACCAGCCCUGGCGACGGUGAAAGUAGAAAUAGAAGAGACUGAAGGCGAAGAAGAGGAGGACAACAGUGGUGGAGAAAUACCUGCUGGCCCCAUUAAGAACCUCAGCAUGGCGUUGAAGGCCGUGAACGAUCUGAGACUGUUCUGUAUGAAUGAAGGUCUGGGAUCUGAACUGUUCACUCUCUAUGAACUAGAAAAUCGCUUCGUCUCCUUGUGGAUGGAAAGAAAGACAGGGAAAUAGGCCAACGCGAAAUACCUCCUUAUUAAAGAAGGUGUGUGACUGAAAACAAUUCUUAAGAUGUCGAUGUUUUUUCCUGCUAAAUUCGUUACAUUUAUUGUACAUAACUUCAAUUCCACCUAAAAUGUAGUUUAACUGUUCCAUUGGUUAUGAAUAGGGAUGUAAACAGAUAAGUCUUAACGCAUGUUUCCUUUGUAUGCAAAGUAUUCUUGUAAUACAUUUACAUGUACGUGCACUCGCUACCUUCCAUGUUGUAUGUUUAGAUUACUAUCAAUGUUAUUAAGAUUAAAGCCUACUCACACAUGAA